GCUCCGACCAGUCGGAGGGAGUGACCAAUCCGUCUCCAGUCCCUCCCUUCCCACCCAUCCUCACCUUCCUCUCACGUGCUCGCGGGCUCUUGGGCAGAAGUGAGCCCUGUGAUUCUGCCAAAGACCAGCCCGUUGGGUUUAAAGGAGAAGGGAAAAAAAACCAAACUCAGGCAAAGUCCCAGCAUUAAAGUUGUUACCUCGAAGAGGCCGAGUGGAGCUGUGUGAAGAGAUGAACGGACCGGUGGAUGGCCUGUACGGCCAUUCUCUCGCUGAAGAAGGAGCCUUCAUGUUCACAUCGGAAUCUGUAGGAGAGGGACACCCGGAUAAGAUCUGUGACCAGAUCAGUGACGCGGUGCUGGAUGCCCACCUCAAGCAGGACCCCAAUGCCAAGGUGGCCUGCGAGACGGUGUGCAAGACGGGCAUGGUGCUGCUGUGCGGGGAGAUCGCGUCCGCGGCCGUGGUGGACUACCAGCGGGUGGUGAGAGACACUGUCAGGCACAUCGGCUACGACGACUCUGCCAAGGGCUUUGACUUCAAGACCUGCAAUGUGCUGGUGGCUCUGGAGCAGCAGUCCCCGGAUAUCGCCCAGUGUGUCCAUCUGGACAGAAACGAGGAGAAUGUUGGUGCCGGAGAUCAGGGGCUGAUGUUCGGUUACGCCACAGAUGAGACAGAGGAGUGCAUGCCGCUCACCAUCAUCCUGGCGCACAGACUCAACGCCCGCAUGGCUGAGCUGCGGCGCUCAGGGGUGCUGCCCUGGCUGCGGCCCGACUCCAAGACACAGGUGACAGUGCAGUACACUCAGGACCACGGUGCGGUCAUUCCCCUGCGCAUCCACACCAUCGUCAUCUCUGUGCAGCACGACGAAGAUAUAACGCUGCAGGACAUGCGCAGGGCCCUGAAGGAGCAGGUGAUCAAGGCCGUGGUGCCGGCCCAGUACCUGGACGAGGACACCAUCUACCACCUGCAGCCCAGUGGGCGGUUUGUCAUCGGCGGCCCCCAGGGGGAUGCGGGCGUCACUGGUCGCAAGAUCAUCGUGGACACCUACGGCGGCUGGGGGGCGCACGGCGGGGGCGCCUUCUCUGGGAAGGACUACACCAAGGUGGACCGCUCGGCGGCGUAUGCUGCCCGCUGGGUGGCCAAGUCCCUGGUGAAAGCGGGGCUCUGCCGGAGGGUGCUUGUGCAGGUUUCCUAUGCCAUUGGUGUAGCCGAGCCACUGUCCAUCUCCAUCUUCACCUACGGAACCUCUCAGAAGACAGAGCGAGAGCUGCUGGACGUGGUGAACAAGAACUUUGACCUUCGGCCUGGCGUCAUCGUCAGGGAUUUGGAUUUGAAGAAGCCCAUCUACCAGAAGACCGCAUGCUAUGGCCAUUUCGGGAGAAGCGAGUUCCCGUGGGAAGUUCCCAAAAAGCUUGUGUUUUAGUGCUGGUGGGAGCCGGGCCUGGCCUCACCCUGGAGACACCUGGGGGAAGACAGAGCCACAUUUCUCUACCCCAGGUGCUGACCACCCUCCCAGGGGUUACCUUCCCCACCCCCUGCUCCCUCCAGGACAAAGCCAGACCCUUCUGACAGCAGGAGGAGGGGACCUCCUGGUGCUGGGGCUCAGAUCUCAUGAGGACAGUCACGAUAUCCCCUACUUUUCCCUAAGACCAAGGCGACGUGAAUUUAGUGAAAAACCACCCCUGUCAGGAGGAAAUCUCCUCACUCACCUCCCCCACAGCCUGGACUCUGACAGGCUCCUCCCUCCGUGGCGUGUUCCGAGGGCAGCAAUCUCACUGGCCCCAGGGCUCCACGCGCACCUGGGCGUGCAGCCCAGCAGUCAGUGUCCUAAUCCCAGGCCUUCCCAGCGGGCCUCUCAAACCAGCCUUCUGGCAGGGAUGAGAGCAGAGGCUGACACUGAGCAUCGACAGUGUGCAAGGGACUGAACUAAUCAGUGUUCUCAUUUCUUCUUCACUGCAACACGAUGAGAUGACACCUUGUGUCCUCCACGUUUAUAGAUGGGGAAACCGAGGCACAGACCAUCUUGGUCACUUUCCCAGGGUCCCAGAGCUGCGUGGGUCAGGGCCUCAAUGUAAACCUGGAGCUUCGGCUCUGGAGCCUGUCUGCCAUGUCCCCCAUCCCCAUCCUUCCCAACCUCAUGCCAGAAGCAGGUCUGAACAAGAACACAGCAGGUGGAGAUCAGGCUGUGACCUCUGUCCUGAAGACCUGAGGGUGCUGGGAGCUAGGGGAUUAGCCCUUCGACUCUUGGUGAGCCCUGGGCAGUGAUCUGCAGAGUCAGGGCAGAGCCAAAGGGGUGUUUCGUUUGCCUCAUUUGUUUUCAGAAGACAGUUCAGGCUGAGCUAGGGUUUGGAAUUGAGAGGCAAGCAUGUAAUCCCAGCCCCUGACUGCUAGGGGACAUGCGGGGCUGGGCUUGUGGACCCCUGCGGUGAGGGUCCAAGUCCAGUCCUGUGCCGUCAGGCUUCCUAGAGCCGGAGAAGCAGCUUGUCCCUUAAACAGGGGGUGGAACCCUGUGUCCUUCAUGUCUUUCCCUCUCUCUGGCCCGUUUGAAAUCCCUGCUGUCUGAGUGCUGUUGGAAUAAGUGAGUGAGCCCCUCCGAUCCCCUUUCCAGAGAGGACAGUCCUACACGCGAAUAUGGAAUGUGAAAUGGUGGCUUAAGUUGCAGGGCUUGACUCUCGGUGAUGGACGAAUGAGCUGAGAUGUCAUGAGGAGAUUUCUGCCUUUGCCAGGCGGCUUCUGGAGGGCAGGUCUACCCCUGCGGUCCUGGGUGGUCCUCGGCACACCAGGAUCUUGGAAGCUGCACAGUCCCCUGCCUUUCCAUCCGUGGCCGGAACCACUUACCCGCUCCCCCACGAUGGGCCCCAUCCUCCGCCUGGGCUCUGAUAGCUGCGUCGGUACCUUCUCCCCAGCUCCCUGGACGCAGGCUCAGGUAGGAGCCUCUGUGGGCCCCAGCAGAACGCUGCGGGGACAGGGCUUCUUUCCAGGACACACGGUGCUGGAUCUGCCAGGACACACAGCCCGGGAAGCCUCGUCUGGGCAACAGCCUACAGGGGGACUCUAGGCUUUCUCUUCCCAUCCAGGGAAAUGCAUCUGUUCAUGGCAGAAAAAGAGGCCCCAGUUACCAUAAAAACCUAGAGUUGGUGUGUGAUAUGGAAGCUCUGAUCUCUCUGGAUGGGCUCAGAAUGCUAGGCUUGGACAGGACCUGUGAGACAAUUUCCUAGAAGCCUCGCGGCGCUCCCGGUGCCCAGGAAGUCUCAAGUUCCCCCUGGGAGAGGGAGACUCAAGUUUGCGGGUGGCUGAGCUCCUCUUACUUGGGCCAUGUUCAAAGUGAAAAUUCAGAACUUUAUACUUUCCCCACCCCCUAGAAAAACAAGCUUUUGUGGGGACAACACCGUUUUUGUGAAACUAGAGUAUUUGUUACUAAUUCCUGCUAAACCAGUGAAUAAAACUCCAGAAGCAAA